AUGAAUUGUCAAACGAAGGCUCGAUUGAGUCUGUCGGCAGUUCCCACCUUGGACCAAGCCGAAACGCAAUCCUACACACGAAGACUCAUCGACCCGUCUGACCUUGUCGUGCGAGACGGACCGUCCCUCACGGCAACAGAGGACGAAUGGAUCGCGAGAGUCAUCAAGGGAGUUAUGGAAGACGGAGACAAGAAAAGGGACAGGUGUGAAGGUCAAGACCCAAGUCCACGAGCACUGAGAAAGCGCAUCACGUUCAGCUUCGACGACUCCUCUUCGUCUGAAUUGAACUCCAACAACUGUCUCAGGCGCGACCCCGAGCAGGUGCGACGGGAUGCGACGCAGAUCGUCGAAAGAGUCUUGUCCUUGGCGCAGGAAGAGGUUCGGCGACGUCGUGAACUGCAACUCGAGGAAGAAGGAGAAGGGGAUAUCGAAGAGGAAGAGCCGAGAAAAACGAGGAAUUUUCCUUCAUCGGGUCACGGAUUCCACGGGAACUUCCGGCCUCCCCUCGGGGAGCGGAUGGCCCCACUGUUGAGGACCCUCAGCGGGGGUUUCUCACGCGCCCUCCUCCGAUUGGUCGUCUGCGGCGAGGGAAUCCUUCAGCGGCGACACACGGACCUGUGA